ACGGGAUGGACGUUGCAGGACGCAUUAGGCAAUGACGCUUUUAUUUUGAUAGAUCACACAGGAAGUAGAGGGUUUUGGUUGCGUUUGACUUGACGCUGCCAAAGAGAGCAACGGGCGCACGGUGGCUACUUGAACGAAAACGGGGGGAAGCUUGCUCAAGAACCGGCUGGGCUGUCGUCAGGAACUCAACAUGCCACAAUACAAAUGCUGAGCGUGGGUCCGAAACAACCGUAUUUACCCCCUGCACGGCGAUAGCUGACGGCCACGCCCCGUAUCCUUCGACCGGAGACCGUACAAAAACUGCUGGCGGAGGCGCAACGGUGAACGGUUUGAAACCCAGCAGGGCGGCUAGCGGGCUCACGGCGGAUAGGAAGCUUCGGUGUCGGCCGUUUGAGACAGUAUAAACAGACAUGAGAGAGUAUAAAGUAGUGGUUCUCGGGUCCGGAGGGGUCGGCAAAUCCGCAUUAACCGUCCAGUUCGUGACGGGAUCCUUUAUAGAGAAAUACGACCCCACGAUAGAGGAUUUCUACAGGAAGGAGAUCGAGGUGGACUCCUCUCCGUCCGUCCUGGAGAUCCUUGACACGGCGGGGACCGAGCAGUUCGCCUCCAUGCGAGACCUGUACAUCAAAAACGGGCAGGGUUUCAUCCUGGUCUACAGCCUGGUGAACCAGCAGAGCUUCCAGGAUAUCAAACCGAUGAGGGACCAGAUCAUUCGGGUGAAAAGGUACGAGAGGGUACCGAUGAUUCUGGUUGGAAAUAAAGUGGACCUGGAGGGGGAAAGGGAGGUCUCGUCCGGUGAGGGGAAGGCACUGGCGGACGAAUGGAACUGCCCGUUCAUGGAAACUUCAGCCAAAAAUAAAACCUCGGUGGACGAACUGUUUGCAGAGAUUGUCCGACAGAUGAACUAUGCCUCAACGCCAAAUGGCGACGACCAGUGCUGUUCGUCUUGUGUCAUUCUUUAAGAAAAAAUCAACCAUAAAGUUUUAUUCUUUGUUCGGUUUUUAAGUUUGCAAUGUGUGUUGCAGCAAGUGUGUACUGUUGAGCUCUUCUUCGUGUCUCACCCUGGCCUUGGAGGAAAAUACAGGGAGGAAUGCUGCAGGGGGACGAGAGGAGGAGGAGGAGGAGGAGGAGGAGGGGAGCAACUGCGACUCAGAGGGAGGGGUCCUCUCUUCAGGAAUUCUGCUGGGUUGGAGUAUCUUUGCUGCAAGAUCAGUGUCCACCGUUGAUGUCAACUUGCAGAUCCUGAGUUUCAGCAACAUCCCCC